GCCACGGAUCAUAAGGUUUUGACAGACAAAAUCUCUGCAGCUUUUUGCAAGCCUUUGCUCAACAAGCAGGAUCGGACUCUUUCUGACCAGAAGUCGGCACCUCAGCAGGCCGGUUCAGAUGACAUGUCUUCACAAUCCAAAUGGGUGAGCAGCAGCUCUGGAAACUCGGACCUGGUCAUAUCUGAAGACGGGUUCUGCAACGGUGGUGAUGAGGCUGGGACAUUCGUGGCGUUACGCUGUCCUGGUGAUGGUGGAGAUGCCACAGCAGGCAGUGAGCACCUUCCUCCAAGCAGCGACGGCAUGUCAGAGUUUUCCAGCAGUGACCUCUCACUGCCCGAGGUCUGCAUUUCUACCAACAGCAAUAGCUUCGAGGAUGAUAUGAACUAUGAGGUGCAACAGGCUUAUAGAAUUUUUACUGGCUUCCUCCUGGACAAGCACAAAGCGGUCACCAGCCCGUUCCUCCAUCCCGUUGGACAUCAUGACACCCAGCAUGGCAUCGAGGGAGUUCAGGGCCGGGUUCAGUCGCAGCUCAGGCAGUCGAUGUGCUUGCGGAGAAUAGAGGAGAAGUUUAUCAACCAGGAAUAUAACACCAUAACGGAGUAUGUUGCAGACUUCAGGUUGAUGUUGGAGAACUGUUAUCGCUACCAUGGGGUUGACCACUGGAUCUCCAAACAGGCUCAAAAGCUGGAAAUAAUGCUGGAACAGAAGCUCACAUUGCUGUCCAGGACGCUGCGAGAGAAAACAACCCUGGCAGUUACCUCCAAAGGCCGUUUUGGAGCAGAAGAGGAGCGGUCCUCAGGGGGUACCUCCACGAGGAGGAGGUUGGCACCUCGUAGCCUCGCUACCAUUACAGUUGGUGGGCACGAGUCUGUCAUGGUACAGGCCCUACGGCUGGAGGAGCAGCAAAGGGCAAAGGAGGAGAAGAGGCAGCGUGAGCUUGAGAAGAAAGAGGCAGAAGAAAUGUCGGCUAAAGAGGUGGAGGAGUGGGAGAAAAGCUUGCUGUCGCAGGCGACCCCCCAAGCUGUCGACAUGCUUUGGGAGCUGCCCGCCAUUGGGCACUUUCUCUGCCUGGCUCAGACUGCUCUCAACCUCCCUGAGAUAGUGUUUUUUGAGCUGGAGCGUUGCUUGCUGAUGCCACGAUGCAGCCUGCUCCUCUCCAAAAUAAUGUCUUCCCUACUGUCCCCCGCACAGCGGCGGGUCACUCUACACCGCCGGCCCACGCUGCCCUACCGCCGCUGGGAGUCGGAUCUGAGGCAGCGCGUCAUGGGAUGGUAUCGAGCUGUGGGCAACUCCCACAAUCAGCGACACAGGGCAGAGCAGCUGGGACUAUCCCACCAGUUUUUUAGCAUCCUCGGGGGGGUGAAUCCUUUGGAAGAGAAGCCUUUUCAUUUGUUGCACUUCUACCAGCGAGUUUGGCUUCUGAAGGGGCUGUGUGACCACGUGUAUGAAACACAGAAGGACGUACAGGAUGCUGUGCUGGCCCAACCCAUCCAUGAAUGUAGGGAGUCUAUUUUGGGCUACGACAGUAAGGAGAAUGCUUACAUACAUUUUCCACAUUUCUGUGGGGCAGACCUGAGGAUCUAUUGCCAGAGCCCCAGCACACCCCCAGAUUUCCCUUUUCCUUCUACACUUGUAAAAAGGGUUGAACUUGAAGCGGGUACAGAGGGUGAAGACUCAGAUGGAAUAAAGAAUGAGGGAGAUAAAAAUAACAGCGCUUGUGAUGGAACCCCCAUGGACAUAGAAGGGUCUGGAGAUGUUGGGAAAAGGACAAUAGAUACAAUUGGGAUUUUCAAAAAAGAAAAUGGGAGCAGAGAGGGAGAUUUUAAUUCAUGGUCACUAAUGGAGGAGAUGUCUGACUCAGGGUCAUGUGAUGGAGAUGACUGUGAAGACUCUACGUCUGACUUAAAAAUACAAACUAACCCCUUAUGUAUGAGGCACUGCGGUGAUGUUGGAUGGAGUGAUGUGAAAAUGCUUUUCAAAGAAGAAAUAGCCGAUGCACAGCAAAAGUCCAGGCAGGAGCAGGGCCUCUCACCGUGCUCAGAACGCACCAUUAAAGCAGAAACGCAAGAUCCCUGUCUGAAUGUGGGAGAGCACAGCUAUACAGGCAGGUCGCCCGCUCGCUCCAUAAACCUGGGAUCCCCAGCCAAACCUCUGGAACUCACAAAAAAGGAGGUUAAUUUGAGUGGAGAGCAAACAACAUCUCCCUGUUCAGAUUGUUGUAAAGGCAAAAUUAGCAAUGCUAAAUCUGCUGAGCAUUUCUGCUGCUGCGGAUCAUCCGAACAGACCUCUCAACUGCCCUCCGAGAGCACUCAGAACUCAAGUAAAGACAGGGUGGACGACAAAAUGUGGAGUAAAAAAAAGAAGCGGCAGAAAAAGCAAAUGAGGGAGCAGCUGCUGAGGGGGAAAAGAGAGCGAAAGCAUCUGCAGCAUGUGGACGGGAUAGAGCUCUCCCCAGCUGACGCUGCCAAGCCUGCCAACUGCAAAGAUGCCACGACUACCAAAAGAAAGGAGAAAAAGAAAAGGCAUAAAACAGGGAAAAAUACGGAAACCUCGAAGAAAAUUCAAGAUGAACCACCAUCGGAGCCCUCCUUUAAGCUGGUAUGCACCAGUCUCGAUGAACUUCGAGAACUGAUCAGUAAGACAGAAGAUGAGCUUGAUGACCUGGAGAGCACAAAAAAGAGAUUGGGUCGGUGGUACUACAGGAGAGAAGCAGUGAAGGAUCUCCACAGCACUUUAAUCAGACUUCUAAAUGAACUUUCACCCUGGGAACCCAAACUUGUCAAAGCUUUCCAAAGAAACAGGCUCCGCUUAAAGAAGGAAUUUGAUGACUUCAAGAAGCACCCAGAGUACAAUAACUUUGUGCGUGAGGAGUGUGCGUCAUCAUCAUCAGAUGAUGAGUAUGAUGAGGAAGAGGGGGACCUUGAAAAGGAUCACGGUGGAGAAUCGGAAGGGGAAGACCUUGAGCAUAUGGUUCCCAGAGGCCUUUGGAGUGGAGCCAGCACCAGGGAGUUUGGCACUGAAGAUGCAGAACAAAUGGUUACCUGCACAUCUCCAAACCACCUGAAGCCCCACUUGGGCAGCUCGGAGAAAAGCGUUGGUCUGCAGCCAAGAGAUCAGGGUAUCGGCUCUAACAUUAUCUCCGCCGAUUCGAGGGAAGUGUUGAGAUCUGAGCUGACUACAACUAAACAAUCUCGGGGUUUUGCCUGGACAGCAGGGAUCCCAGCUCAUUCUACAGUGUCGUGCUCAUCUCCCACCCUCCCUCCAACCAGCGGGCUUCCCAAGGGCUAUACGCCCAUCCCCACCCUGCUGGCCAAGAGUGUGGGGAACAAAGUGACCUUGAUGAAAAGACCCACUGAUUAUCCUGGUGUGGCCGGUGUAGAAGGACAGAGAAAAGGGUCUUUGGUUUCCCUCCCUACCUCUGCAGUGAUUAACACAAAACUUUCAAAAGCACAAACUUCUCCAUCUGGUUCUCAACAGAACUUGCAAAAAAUGACGCUACCGGGACCACAGCAGAUGCAAGUCUUUGGGCAGCCAGGAAUCGUAACAGCUGCUCCUCCACACACACUGCAGUCAAAACCCUCCGGAGCAGAAUCAAAAGGCCCUGUCCAAGUGAUGUACAAGCUGCCGGAGGGACUGGGUCACCAGGUGAAGAAAGACAACAGCAGCCCCGCCAAGGCACCCGUUCAUUCUGCUGUGGAGCAGAACCCUGCAGAGAAGCUAAUGCAGCAGGUGGUGAUCCUGCCCUCUAACCUUCUCAUUAAAAACACUGAAGCAAAGGCUUCCUCUUCAAACACACAACAGUCUAAGGGCAUUCAGGUAGCAGUUUCUAAGGUGGCCAGCCCUGUAUGUAUAUCCACCAACGUGCCUGGAUUCAGAAUUCCUGAGAAUAAAAUCCCUGUUCAGCAAGUGGCCCCACUAAAGGAUGCCAGAACAGGGAAGACUCCUCCUGUUUCUGUUUCCUCUCAUCUGCAGCAAGGGAUUGCAAACACAGCAGGAUUUAAGUCACAAGUUAGCUGUGUGCAAGCCAGCACAAUACAAUGUGGCAUGCUCACGCCUUCACCCACCGCAAAUAUGUCAAGUUCAGCCUCUGCUGCGACUGCUAAAUCUUCAGACCCUAAACAGGAGCUAAAGACAGUGUGCAUUCGGGACUCGCAGUCCAUCCUAGUAACAACUAGAGGUGGCAACACGGGCAUUGUCAAAGUCCAGACAUCGUCCGACCAGAAUGCACUCGGGGCUUUUCCCAACACCCCAGUCAUUACAAUUUCUCCUCAGUUUAAAGCCUUUCUUGUAUCCAAGAGCUCAGCAACACAUUCAUCUUCUGCCUCUCAGACCUCUUCUUCUACUCUUCAAGCAGUGACAAGCAAGUCAGUUGUCCAACCCCAGAAGCAGGUUCCUUCGGUAUUAACAGUCCCUUGCUCCCUCACAGAUUCUACGCUUACUGGAGUCACAAGUAGCAUUCCUGUGACAAGUCCAGGAAGUCAGAAUACAGGCACUACUACUCUUUUAAGUCAAGGCUGUAGUAUCUCAGUUGGUUCUACAGUUGACACACAGAUUUCCCAGCUGCCAGUUACUGCUAGUUCUCCCUUUCCAGCAUUGAGGUUAAAUGAUACUGCUGUUGUCUCAUCAGGAAGUUGCUCUGUUGCUCCCCAGGUUUUUAAACAAGAGUUUACCAGCAAACCUGGUGUGAAACGAGCAGCUACAGAUGAGGGAUAUCAGGUCAAUAAAUAUAUCCUGGUUGCUCCACCUUCUUCCCCAAACUCAUGUGUUGCCGCAUCAAAAGGCACACCCUCUCCCACAGUCCAGGUUUCCAGCCCAAGAAUCAUGUUCAUCAGCCAGCCUACAGUGACGUCACCGACCACCCUCAUGGGGAGCAUUCCAAAGCAGGUGAUGGCCUCUGGAAAAAACGAUCAGACGCUGAGCAUGUCGUUAUUAAGCCAGACUUUGAAGAUGGGAUUAAGUCCAGUCCAGCCUGUUGCCAGUGUCAGCUCAGAGGCAUCAUCGGUGACUAAAAACCAUUCUCUGCCCACUGGGGUUCAAAACCAGUUGUCAGGGAAGUUGGCAGCUAUUGGGCAGAAUAUUGGAGUGCUAUCAGAGUCUCCUUCCAAGGCUGCACCGCUGUCUGUGUCAGAAACAUGUGGUCCCACAGCUGGCAUCAUCUCCGGACUUCGCCCAGCAACAAGUCUAAUGACGGCUGCAGGUUUUUCUCCACAGCUUGGCACUUCUCUCACCACUUCCUCUCCACUCAUUGGUAUCCCCUCUGUCUCUGGGAACUCCCAAACGAUUUGCUCUACAUCCUCUUCUACUACUGCCAACAUCCCUUCAGCAAACACAUACAAGAAUUAUGUUGGCACGCUUGGAAGUACACUGUUCAACAGUUUUCCUGCUCCAGUGACCACUACCAUUGGGAGUAGCCCAGGCCAAACCCCCAUACCUACUAUUGACUCUAGGCCCUCAUACAACCAAAGUGGCGUGAGAGAGGAAAACAGGUUGUUGUCCUCUCCGCUGGCUCAAAAUAAAAACCAAAUCCCCCUCUCCUCUGCUCAGCCCCCUUCCAGCACUAGCACAGUUCAGCAGAGGAUCAUCAUCAACACUUCUACACCCCUUGCUGCUGGCACACAGAUCCUCCUUAACAAUACACGCUUUGUGGUCCCACCCCAGGGUUUGGGUCCAGGCAGCCAUGUCCUUCUCAUUUCUAAUCCUGCACCACAAGUGCCUGCUGCCAGCCCAAACAGUACUGUAGCACCGGUACUUCCCAAAGGGACUAGCCAUGCCAGUGCACCCCCUCGGGCACCAGUUUUACCCCAGUCUGCAGCCCGGCUGCCGGGUGUGCCACCUGUAAGUUCUCCUUUUGUCGCAUGCACCCCAACCAUUGGUCCACCUUUACUGGCCACCACACCCCAUGUCCCACCAAUCAGACUUACAGGAACACCCGGCCUGGGGUCUACAUUGAUACCCGGUAAAACAAAUGUAGUGUCAGCUAUUUCGGGGUUUCCACCCAUGCAUGCCGGCAGCUUUGCUUUACCUGCUGUUGGUUCAUCAACUCUGGUCUCUUCUCCUUCAAGGUUGGGCAGUGCACCAGCCCUAGUUUCCCCAGUGAUAACUAGUGCCCCUUCUCUCAGUUCAGCUUUAUCUGCUGCUGGUACAGGAAAACAAGCUGAAUGUUUGUCCCAGUCGUCAGCAGUAGAAGCCUCCUCGCCAAAAUCCUCUGAACUAGCAUUGUCGUCGCGGGUGAUACCCAGCCCAGCCAUGGGUGCCUUUCGUAGCCCUGUCAUACCAGUUCCUGUUCCCCACUCCACAGCUGCAGCUUCUGUUGUAGCAGAUGCACCAGUUUUCAGUCCUCUUCCUCUCCAGCAGGCUGUUGCAGGGACAACUAUUUGCCCCAAUGUGGUUCAUCCACAGCAGGCAACAUUUAGAGUUGCAGUGCCCUCCUCUGGUCAUCCACAGGGUUUCGUGCACAAAGGAGCAGUCAACACGCAGGUCCCAGUCACACAGCCAGUGCUCACUGGUACACGGACACAAGUACUGCCAACAGUGGCUGUCCCCCCAAUUGUCAGCACAUUUUCAAGGACACAGGCGCUGCCCAUUGCUACUGUCCCACCGAUUGGAAGUACUGUUAGCACCUUUGAAACAGCACUUAUGGCAGUUGCUCCUUCAUCAAGUACUUCUGUUAUAAUAAGUCCAGCCCAAGCGGGUGCAUCACAGAAUUCAAAAAUCCCUGUCCACUCACCUGUCGUUUUGACCAAUCAGCCAAUUGGAAAACAUUCUGGGCAGACCUCAGCCUUGAAUAUGCAUACCAACACAUCCCCCAAGCUGCUCAUCAGCCCUGACGGGGCUGUUCUGAGCACUGUUCGUUGCCAGGUGAAUCCAGCACAGCUGACUGCCUGCCCCAAACCUCUUGAUGCACUGGUGACUUCCUCCAACAGCUCAGCUGGAGCACUGCAACCACAUGAUUCCGCUGUACAGCCCCCGCGAGCAGACACAAAGCGAACUAAC